AUGAAAGAUAUUGGGUUGCUGCUGGACAAGCUUCGACUGGGCGUUGCGCCGGAUCUGAAUCGGGUUAUCUCGAGCAACGUGCUCGUGAAAGCUGAGGAGGAUAUUUUGGAAUUGUUCCAAAAUCUGUCAAAUGCCGAAUUGAGUCUGAUUGUGACGACUAUCAAUGUGGGGAUGUUGGUGUCAAAUGUGCGAGAUCGGCCCAAUGGCUGGGGAAAAUUCACCCACCACAAGCGCCGGCUCUUGCAAUUCCUUUGUAUCGAUCGUUUGGCGGCGAUGGACGCAGCAGCUCGCGCUGCUAUUUUAAAUGGAAUGCAGGUGGCAGGCUUGUUCAAGGUGAGCGGCGCAGUGACUCUGUGA